UGCCAAACACACUCACAUCUCAGACUACAUGGUACACAAGUUGAUGAUGACACAUGAUUUGAUCGUUUGUCGUAUUCGUCUCCCUUGAGUUUUAUGCAAGUCAGACAGGAGUGAAAGACAGAGGACGUUUGUCUUGGCACGCGCUCACUUCUUUACAUAAUAGCUACAGACAAUCCCACCAUGCACUGUGUGAGCAGAGGAGGCAGCUACCUGGUGAACUCCUACUGUGAUCUUCAGGAGGAAAACCAGUGGAAGAAGGAGAGCUACCAAGCCUGCUGGCUGAGCCUGGUCCUUGAAACCAGACCACAAUACAAGCUGACUCUGUCAGAGACAGACAGCGUUCGCAGAGAGAGUUACAAGCAGCAACAGGUGACCCACUUCAUGGUGGAGAGGAGCCCCAGCCAGACGCUGAGGCUAGGCAGCAACAGCAGAGGCAUGACAGAGCACCAGCAACCCUUCUUCAACACCAGCAGGGAUCAUGAGCAAACAGAACAAAAACCAGUCACACUGGGGAAGGAGGAUAAACAGGAAGUGACUGCUGUAACUCAGGACAUCAGCAAGCCAGUGAGGGUGAACUUCAGAGCCUCGAGCCUGAUGUCCUCACCGAGGGACACCUCUCAGCGGGUGCAGAGGAGGGAGUGACACAAGGAGGUGGAAGACAUUUAUAAGAUCAGAAAAUAUAAUAUAGCCUCUGUUAUUGUAAUUUACACGCUGGUAUUAGUAGAUUCAAUUUGACUUCUAAAUUGUAUAUUGUGUAACUAUCUUAACUGGGACAUUUGAAAGAUUGACAGGAGUGUUUUAAUGAAAGUAAAAAUAUCUAAGUAACUGGGUGUUUUUAGUAUCAGACAAACAAAAGACCUAGAUGGAAAAAAGCUCUUCAAUUGUUCUUCUGAGCAGUGUUAGCUUAUUUUAAGAGAGAUUCUCUGGAUUUUCUCCUAAUUCAAUUACCAAAUUAUUAUCUUUAAAAAGGUGUAAUAAUGUUGAAUUCAAAGAUCAUGUGCUAUACUUUGCAAAACAAAUGUAAUGAGAUACUGUAUUGUAGAAACAAACAAUGUUUGUAGACUAUGUUUGUCAUUGUCUGUGAUUUCCAUGACUAACAAAGCUUCAUGAAACAGUGUCUGGAACCUAAUUUUACCAACUGUUUUACAUGGAAGUUACUGUAAUAAAACUAACUGUCCUGUUAGAAAAAAUACACAACAAAAAACUUGACAUACAUGCACUAUGAUAAGGUUAGGACUAUAGAUGAGAUGAGUGAUGUGUAAUGCACCAGUUGUUUCCAUGUAUUCCUGUUGCAUACUGUAAAUGCAUUAUGAGCUUCCACGAAGCUUUGGUAUUAAAUGACCAUUCUUCAGGAUACAAACAGAGCAGCAGCAACCCCUUGUGGUAAGACAACAGCAUCGUAAAGGGACCAACAGUGAGCUGAUAUUAUAUAUGGUAAAUGUAGUGGUACUUUUUGAGAUUCUUAGGAGCAAACAAGAACAAGAAAUUAAGUUUUUAAACCAGGAAUUUAUUAGGAGGAUUUCACAGAGUGGUUAGAGUGGGUACAUUUGAAUUCAUGGCAUCAUAUCCACCACGUAAUCACCAGGUUAUGGUCCAAAACAAAAAGCAUAACAGCAUAGAGAGACUUGGCAACUUUACAGAAAUGCUACAGCUUUAGUUCAUCCUUUCAUUACGGGGGUGAAGUGUGAUGUAAAAGGGUGCUAUUUGACUAUUAUUGUUGCAGUAUUGUGGUGAGGUGUUGCAGUACUGAGAACUACUUUGUGCUCUAUUUCCUUAUUUAGACUCGCAUGCACCUUCAGUGUCCCGUCUCCCUAAAACCUGCAUUUGAAGACUAGAAAUUUAAAACCUAUGAUCAUAAAAAGACACACUAUUCUACUGGCUUUGGGCCAUGUAUCAGAAAUGGUGUAAAGAGAGAUGUCAUACAUGGGAGGAAACCCCAAGUAAAAACAAAUAUAGUCCCACAGAUAUGAUAAAUAUCUCCAAUAGUCCAUCAACAUAUUAAUGUGUGUUGUCAACACUCUCCACAGAAAGACUUCGAUGACUUUUCCAUCAAAAUAACAUUCAAAAAAUAAUUCUUGUCAAUGUGUUAAUGUUUCCUGGCUGUUUUGUUCAACACAGUAGUUUAUCUUGUGAUUAUUUUCUCUCCUGAAGACACUUGCAGCAACAAAGAGAUGUGUAAUUAUCACAUCAUAUUGGGAACAGUUUAUGGGAAAUUCAUACCCAAGGUGGAGGAACAAACGUUUCCAGACCUACAAUAUAUGUAGCUAGCAGUAAUUCAUGGCACUCAGAGAAUGUGAGUUAAAUUGACACAAAUAUUCUGACAAAGACUUUUCCAAAGG